AUGGGGUCUUGUUGCACACUCUCUCGUCGAAAGAAAUAUCGAUUCAAGGAUUUUAUUUUGGAUGUCUAUCCAAGGGGCGUCCGUGGAAAACUCAAUGAUGAUGCUCUCCAUCAUUUGAACAGUUAUGUUGUUAGUAAUCCAGAGCGAGUUGCUCCUGUGUGUCGCAAAAUCUACAAACUCAUAUGCUUGCAUCUAAGGCAGAAGAAGUCCAAUAAUGUGAUGGUGUCUCUGAAAAUGUUGCGUUUUCUUAUUCAACAAGCCGCUGUGGUUGACGGGUUUGUGUCAGAUUGCAUUGAGUUUGUAUCUGUUCUGUUUUCCACACGCGAGCCACGCUAUCAGAUUGGGGCAGCUGAUAUAUUGAGUAUUCUUUGUUAUCGCCUAGCGAUUGAUCGGAAGAGUGCAAAUUCGCGCCGCCUCAUAGCCGACAGCCAGGACCGUCUUUUGCAACCCUUGCAACAGAUGUGCGCUAUCAGGGUAUCUGACAACAAGGACCGUGAUAGCAUUCAAAGAAGCUACGCCGCUAUCAUUGCCCUUGGCCAUAUUUCCAGGUGUCUGAACAGCGCCAGCACCGAACAUGUCGCAUCACGCGUAUUCCCCAUACUGGAAAACCUGAUCUCGGUCCUGCGGAAGCGCACGCAGGGGCUUAUCGAGGGAAUUGACGUUGGGCAGCAGCUAGGCAGUAGCAAUCAUAUUGGCGUCCCGCCCAUCAACGUAGAGCUUCCGGAAUCCGCCUCAGAAGACUUAGACAUUCCCUAUAUGCAGGCAUGCAGCUUUGCGAUAGGCACAACGGCGGGCUGCGUCACUACCACCGGCAUCGAGGAUCUCCUCACACGUAUCACAACUUUCAUGACCAAGCGAAAGGCCUGGUCGGUGCCGAUGCUGGCCCCCAUCGUGUUCUGCGCGCUUGCAGCACAGAUGCAGGCGCGCCCGAUCCGGCUUGGAUUUAUGGUCUACAGAGGGCUGUGCGAGACGGGCAUCAGGAGCAAUGAUAUUGCAGUCCACAUCGGCGUACUAGGCGCGCUGCAGGCUUAUCUCCGACGUCUGCCCGUGAGUGACAGCAGACCGCAGUCUAUCGUGAAGCUCAUUCAGGCUGUGGUAGCGAACCCACUUCCCCAAGGUGGCGCGGGUGACCAUGAGUGCUCAAUGCGGGACAUGCAAAAAGCUGUGAUUGAGCUUAUUCGCAUCCUUCUUCAGGUCAUUUACCACCAGCGCAGGGCCCCAGAACUGCAGAGUGUUGUGAAGUCUAUCCUGUGCAUGACCUUAGGGACUGGUAGCAUGCAGGGGGGAGGAUUCGCGCAGGGUGGGCAUAGCACGUGUUGGAUUACUUUUAUGUUGCGCUGUAUGACAGUAGCCUCGCCUUAUGUGCGGACAGUACCACCAUCUGAUCGUGCGAAGGGAGGGCUAAAUGUCGGCGAGGCUAUCGUAUCUUUUUUGCAUGGCAAUGAUGUUACGGCGCGCAUAUGGUCGGCUCGCAUAUUGCAACGCAUUUUGGCUGGUAAUCCAAUCGGGCGCGGUGUGUUGGCCUCCGAGCCGUUGAUGCCACUUUACGUCGAUGGAAAAGAUAUUAUCCUUGCUCAGAAUUGGGUUCGCACGAUGGUGUGGAGUGCGCAUGUCAUCACUCCGCAGUGUGUUGUGGAGGUGACGAAUGCUAUGACUGCUAUCAUGGUUGGGUGUGGUAUCAGCGGGAUGCCCUUUGUUCUCAAGUUGCUCUCGCGUUUGCAGCAUCGGUGUGCGCGCAUAGACACAUAUAAGGAGGGCGGCUGCGAUACCUCGCCCCCCCUUGGGCCGAUGUCCGCUUUAACACGAGCGUGGCUUCAUAUGAUUGUCGUGUUGUUAAUCAGCUGUGGCCGUGUGUACAAUAUCCCCAGGCUAGUGGACUAUGCUAUCAAUAUAUUUCGCCAGCGCCAGGCGGCAGAUCCAUCCGAGUUAUCAAGCCAUUUCGAGCCAACCCUACCCGAACGUAACUCCUUUGAGGAUCUUUGUCCGUCCAGCGACCUCAAGGCGAUUACCGCAGUGGAUGGCAAACACAUUAUCCUAGACGAUGACCCUUGUGAGGGGGCUGUCAAAACGUUGCCUUCAUUUAGCCACAUCGUCAGUCUCAUCGUGGAGGUCGAGCGUGACAAGGUGACAGCUGCCUCUUGGGCCGCUGCCGGCGAUGCCGCAGUGCGUGAGCUUCAAGAGUCUUUUGAUAAAGCCUUUCUUCAGUCUGACGACAAGUUUGCCGAUGGGAAUUCUGUAGCCAGAGACCAUGUGCUCAAUUCGUCGAUCACACCUACACAAGCUGACAACGAUGUUUUUUUCACCCUCCAGGCCCCCGAAGAGCAGCUCACCGGGUUGAGUUCCAUCAAAAUAACCCUAAACGAUUGUGUCUCUACGGGUGUGCCGCUGCGCGUGGAACUGCCUCUAAUGACGGCUUCGAAUUCAGGUCGAGUAGCGGAGAUUUUAGCUAUCUAUGAUGUGAGCGCAUCGUCGCAGCUCCUCCUUGGCGACACGUUUACCGCGCCAAAGCGGUUUGCUUCCACAGAUGAACUCCGGGAAGGCCUCAAGAGACAGGAGGCUAUUCACGAUGAAAACGCUCGGCCUGAUAUCUACCACACGAUACCAUACAAUAUGGGAUGCAAUGGUUUCACUGACGUUGAAGAGGCUUCAGGAGUUAGUCAAAAGCUUGGCUUGCAUCAGGAGAGUGGCAGUGAAGACUCUCUUGUGGAUAUUCCAACCUCUCAUCCAGAGGUUCAGGAAUAUGACAACAUUGUGCAUGUAUCUCCUUUGGGUGAACCCUUGUGGGUUGCAUCGUUACCCGCUGCUCGACUUUUCAAAUUAUAG